CGGCUUUUCACGAGCUUCGCUCCAUAAAAUCAUUCAGUUUGUAGACAACGUUUGCCGUGGCCAAAAAAGAACGGACAAACACUAUUUUAGUUGAAACAUUCUUUCCAACUGUAAACGGCAGCGCGAUUAUAGGCAACAAAAAAAGAAAGGAGAAAAUAAGUACGCCUCUAUGUGAGUGUGUGUGUGUGUGUGUGCGUACGUCACAGACCGCGCUCGUGUGUGUGCUGUGGGAAAAAUCAGUAAAAUGUUUAUGCAAAUCAUGCGACGAAUGUGCGCCAAUUGCGUAAAAUCAUAAAGUGCAUUUAGUGAAACGAAAUUAUAUAAUUAAGGAGCGGCACAAGAAAAUAAGCAAAAAGUAUUUUUUUGGCAAAUACAAAGAGAAAAAAAAGGCAAAAGGUUGCAGCUCCUUUUCAUUUUCUUCGCGCUCGUCUGUGUGUGUGAGUGUUCCUGUGUAGGUGUAGGCGAUUGCGGCCGUGUGUUGGUGUCUCGUGGCCAGCUGUCUCUGUGUAUGUGUGAGCGGCAGUGGGUGUCUGUAUAUGUGUGCACUGUGGGUGCAACAACGUGAACGCUUCAUCCCGGAAGUGAUUUGUAUAAGGCCGAAAGCCUCUGAAAUUUUACACCCGAACGGAAAUAGUUGCUAGUAUUUUGUGAUGAAGUCAUGUGGAAAUAGCAGCCACAUCAACAACAACAACAAGAACAACCAAACGACCAGUACAAUUAUAGGCAAAAGUUAAUUAAAUGCUGCAUCAUUUGCAAACUGCAAAAAGGAAUUCUUAACAAUCGCAAUAAAACUUUUGUCGAACAAAAGUAAUUAAAGGUCUACACACACAUAUACACCCAUACCUCACUUGACGCUAUGCGACACCCAAGUUGGUAGAAGAGAGCCAAGGAGCCAAGGAGGCAAGGAGGCCAGGCUUCCAGGAGGAGUACAUGGCCAGAAGCCAGCUGACGCUGCCAGCCGCAAACAGCUAACAGCCAACACGAAGGAACCCCCCCUGUCGGCGGGGACCAAGGACGCAGGACGAAGCGACGGCCAACAAAAUGCAGAAGGAGAACAAUGUCACGGCGGAGAAUUGCCAAUUUGUGGGCCCCUAUCGCCUGGAGAAAACCCUCGGCAAGGGUCAAACGGGACUCGUCAAGUUGGGCGUGCAUUGUGUGAUUGGCAAGAAGGUUGCGAUUAAAAUAAUCAAUCGCGAGAAACUCAGCGAAUCGGUGCUAAUGAAGGUUGAGCGGGAAAUCGCCAUAAUGAAACUAAUCGAUCAUCCGCACGUCCUUGGCCUGAGCGAUGUGUACGAGAACAAGAAGUAUUUGUAUUUGAUAUUGGAGCAUGUAUCCGGUGGAGAACUCUUCGACUACCUUGUGAAGAAGGGUCGGCUGACGCCGAAGGAGGCGCGCAAGUUCUUCAGGCAAAUCAUCUCUGCCCUGGAUUUUUGCCAUUCGCAUUCGAUUUGCCAUCGAGACUUGAAGCCAGAGAACCUGCUGCUGGACGAGAAGAAUAACAUUAAGAUAGCGGACUUUGGUAUGGCGUCUCUUCAGCCAGCUGGCAGCAUGCUGGAGACUUCGUGCGGCAGCCCACACUAUGCGUGUCCGGAGGUCAUACGGGGCGAGAAGUAUGAUGGCCGCAAGGCGGAUGUCUGGUCCUGCGGGGUCAUCCUGUACGCCCUCCUGGUGGGUGCGUUGCCCUUCGACGACGAUAACUUGCGCCAGCUGUUGGAGAAAGUCAAGCGCGGCGUCUUUCACAUACCACACUUUGUGCCGCCGGACUGCCAGAGUCUGCUCCGCGGCAUGAUUGAGGUGAAUCCGGACCGGCGGCUAACGCUGGCUGAAAUCAACCGCCAUCCGUGGGUCACAGCCGGUGGGAAAGGAGAGCUGGAGCUGGAGCUACCGAUGAUGGAGGUGGUGCAGACACAUGUUAUUCCCACAGCCACUGCGGUGGAUCCGGAUGUGUUGAACGCCAUUUGUUCGCUGGGAUGUUUCAAGGAGAAGGAGAAGCUAAUUCAGGAGCUGCUUAGUUCAAGUCACAAUACAGAGAAGGUUAUAUAUUUCCUGUUGCUGGAAAGAAAGCGAAGACGACCCGCGCUGGAGGACGACGAUGAGAUUGCACAGAAAUCCCGCAGUGAACUAGAUGCAGUGGAUCCGCCGAGGAAACGCCUGGACACUUGUCGCAUCAAUGGCACCAAUGCACCCAGCUAUGGACAGAUUUCAGAGGGAUCACCGCUCACGCCUAGACGACAGGCCUUUAACUUCCGCUCGUACAGCAGCACACGGAACCACCAACGGCGUUCGCCCACAACAGUUUCCUCUUCGGUGCGCAGCUCCUCAUAUCACAGUCCCACGCGUUGCAACUCCCCGAUGAGUUCGGCCCAGCAGCAGGCGAACGCCAUAUCCCGACCAUCUUCUCCAGCGGCGGGUACUAGACAUUCUACAUACGGAGAUCGUGAUCGACACCAUUCAUCUGUUAGUCGGACACCGUCGCAUAGUUCCCAGAAGAGUAUCGAAGGCGAUGUGGUCGUAGUGCGAGAGCCAAGGAUCGAACGAAGGGAUUCACUGCGUCAGGAACGCAGUGGCGGAGGAUCGCCGAGGGAGCGAGGGGAUUGCGGCAUACCGCCAGGCAGUCCGGGCGGCAAUUCGAGCGGAUCUUCAUCCGCUUCGCCGUCGGUGCACCACCGUGCCAACUCAGGUCCGACAAUUGCCAUUAGUAUGUUCCACGAUCCAGAUUCGAAUAGUGUUGUUAAUCCCAAUGGUUCGCCUAUGAUGAACAACAGCAGUCCUGGCAUGCCAGGAUCACCUUGCAACACACCUGGAGGUCAGUUGUGGAAAACGCGGCUCACAAACAUCAAAAACAGUUUCUUGGGAAGUCCGCGAUUCCAUCGCAGAAAAAUGCAAGUUUCUGCUGAUGAAGUACACUUGACGCCCGAAUCCUCGCCAGAGCUCACGAAACGCUCCUGGUUUGGUAAUCUCAUAACAACCGAGAAAGAUGAAACCUUCACUAUUUUGGUCAAGGGCAAGCCCAUUGCCACGGUCAAGGCGCAUUUGAUACACGCAUUUUUAUCCAUGGCUGAACUAUCUCAUAGUGUGGUCUCGCCCACCUCGUUUCGGGUGGAGUACAAACGGAAUGGCAAUGGACCCGUCAUGUUCCAGCGCCAUGUCAAGUUCCAGGUUGACAUCAGUGCCAUUUGCAAACAAGGUGACAUAGCCGAUAUGCUGUUUGCAUUAACAUUUACGCUGCUAUCAGGUAAUAUUCGGCGUUUUCGACGCAUUUGCGAGCACAUCCAAUCCCAGGUGUGCUCCAAGCGAUUCCCGGGUCCCAGUAGUCCGCCAACGGUGACCAGCGUAACCCAGGCCGUUUCAGAAAGCUCCUCCUGCGGUUCGGUGUCCAGUGAGAGAUUGUCGUACAAGCGUCAGGUGAUUGAAAACGACAUGGAGAACGAUUCCAUAUUCUCGUAUAAGUCGGGCAAUGGACGUCGAGCCUCGACCACCAACAACAAUAAUGCCAAUCCAGUUGACAUUCCCGGAAGCCCCAUUGCAGUGAGAUCCAACUCGGAGACCGCUGAGCACGAACGCAACCGCGAGCUGCAGAGUGAGCGUCAGGCGACAACGAUGUCCGGUAGUGCAAUCGCAUGAGAAUUAUUUCUCUGAUUUAGUUACAUUUUUCACCAGGACAUUUGUUUCAAUAUGGCACUAGUCAACACCAAACAAAACCAAAUAUUGUAUUCCAACAACUACUAGAGAACGAAUCAGCCACUCAAACAUUAUUUUUUCUAGAGUACCAUCAGCCAGAGAUCUUCAAACUAAGUAAAAACACAAAACAAGAAAACACACGAAAAAUCCCCAAAAAAAAAAACCGAAAAAAUAUACCAAAUCAAAUACCAAAGCAAUAAUAGUGGAAUUUAUAUGAACUAGCAUAUGUAACGAAUCUGAAACUUUUGAAUGCCGAUCGAACGAACAGAACUUUGCUAGCUGCUCUAGCUUUUAUCGAAAAUUGAUUUUCUAAUUAUUAUUGUUGAUUUUUUGAGUGACUUUUUGUAUAUGUUCUUUUGAGGGACAUUGUUGCCGCCGCGCCUAAAAAGCUUGCAAAUAAUAACACCGUGUAAAAAUAUACAAAAAAAAAGAAAAAAAGAAGAAAUACAAAAGAGAGAAUAAAUCAAGUUAGCACUAGACUAAGUCGAACCAGUUAUUCUAGUCAUUUUCUUUACCUAGACUAGGCCUCGUAAUUAGCUACGCAAAUGAUUGCUACUCAAGAAAAUUCGCUGACGAUUUGUAUAGAGUGUAUAAAGGAUAUUACGCAAAUGCACUGAUCUUUAAAUACUAACUAAAGUAACAACCAAAUUUAAAAAGGAAACCAAAAGAACUUUUGCAUUAACUUAGCGUUGCUGUUUUUUCUAACAAACCAAAUCGAUAUAACUAUUUUGCUAGCCAUAAAAACCACAAAACAACCGAAGAAACCGAACGGAAAACGCAAACUAUUUUUCCUAAAUAACAAAUAAUAUUUACUAAAUAAAAAGGCGUCAACUUUCGAAACUUCAGACAUGCAUAUAUGACGAUCAAAAGAGUGUUGUGCAGUAGUAGGAAACUCAGCAGAUAUUGGGAAGUAGAAAAAAAACAUGUAUAAUGUACAUAAGACACUGGAAAACUAACAACGGCACAGCACAUGGCUAAUAGGGCAUAUAUAUACAGCACAUUAACAUAACGACAUUAGAUACCAGAAACAAUAUAUAUUUUGCAUGGGCAUGAGAUAAAGCUUUCUUAACCAAAAUACUUGUAUAAAUCGAUUGGGACGAAAUAUAUAUAGAAUGGGAUCAGUGAUUAAACAAAUUGCUGGGUUGCAUCAAAGACAAAAUGAGAGAAAAAAAAAACAAAACCUAGGAGAGAAAUUCAAUUGGAGUUUGUAUAUUUUUUAUUAUUGAAAAAAACCAAUAGGGCAAACGAGCUGUCCAAAAGUGCACAAAUUGCAUUGUCAGUGUAAGAAACGUUUCGCAUUGCAAAGCCCACAAACAAUCACAUUGAAUCCUUGCCUACCUUACUUUUGAGUGGUCUUCAUAGUUUAUAGAUUCUUUUUCUAACAUCCAAGCCAAUCAGGAGUUCUUUUUACAACACAUACGAUAAUUUGAAACUAAAAGACUUAAGAAAAUCGACAUAAAGCUAAUGAAAUCCAAACAAAAAACCGUCCAUUUAUCCACUUAAAGCUAAACAACAAUGUAGACGCAGCCCAGCAAUUUGUGGAAUCAACUGAAUCGCGAAAGUGUAAGGGAUAAUAACUGAAUAAUGUAUGUAACUUGUAAAAGGAUAUAGAUCUAUAUACUGAAACUCUGUGUAUGACAGCAAUAUCAAAAUAGUCAGAUGGGGGUAUAAGAAGCGAUACUAAAACGUGAUUAGAACAAAUAUUUAAACGACAAAUUACGACAAGUUAAUAAAUGCUUAAUGAUAAACCGCAAUAAAGUCGCGUCAAAACAUAAACAAAUAUUUAACAUUAACAAACUAUUUAAGAAAGUAUUGAAUCACAGUACUUGGAGACACUCAAACAAAAAUCAAUGCAAUAAUAUUGAAAUGAAAUUACUUCCUAGCAUUAACUACGAUACAUCAGAUUAUUUAUCGCUCAUCAUAUUGAAAAAAAAAAGCAAAAAGAAAUACUCAAGAAGAAAAACGCAUUUAAGCUGAACAUACAUUCAAAAUUAAGCUCACCGACUUGAAGAGAUGGCAUUCAUAUAUUUAUACAUGCAUAUAUCAUAUACACCUCGAUCGAUCAUAUUAUAUUCUGUAUUUACUGUAUUUACUGUAUUUACUUUCAUAUACAAGAACAAAGUCCUCCUCCCAGCAUACCCAACAUAUACGAAGUAUACAUCUACGAGGUGUGUUCAAAAAGUAAGGUGACUUUUCAAAUUUCUCGGGCAACAUAUUUUCGAUUAUCGAUUUUUUUGUUUU